AUGUAUCGAAUGCUCGGAUUAGCUCUUUAUUUGCUUCAGCAUGUCGCAAAUGCUGAUCAGUCUCUCUACGGCCAAUGUGGAGGUAGUGGAUGGACAGGGUCAACUGUCUGUACAGCGCAAGCAACUUGUAGUACCCUGAAUGCAUACUAUGCACAAUGUGUCUCCGCAACUGCCACGACGACUGCGACAACCACUAGCACAAGUACGACGACAGGCGUCAAAAGCACGACUACAAGCUCAACCACGAGCACAACAUUGAAGACUACAACAACGGCGACCUCAACUACUACGGCCGCUACUGUCACAAACAGUGGUAAUCCAUUCAGUGGCUAUCAGCUCUAUGCGAAUCCCUACUACUCUUCCGAGAUCUUUACGUCCGCGAUUCCGUCCCUCACAAGCUCUUUGGCUGUAAAGGCAAGCUCAGUCGCUAAAGUUCCAUCAUUCGUUUGGCUUGAUACUGCUGCUAAGGUUCCGACCAUGGGAACCUAUCUUGCGGAUAUUCAAUCCCAGAAUGCGGCUGGCGCUAGCCCACCGAUUGCGGGUAUUUUUGUUGUUUAUGACCUACCAGAUCGCGACUGUGCCGCUCUUGCCAGUAAUGGAGAGUAUUCUAUUGCCGAUAAUGGAGUCGCGAACUAUAAGGCGUACAUCGACUCCAUUAGGGCUCAAAUUGUCAAAUAUUCCAAUGUGCAGACGAUUUUGGUCAUCGAACCUGAUAGUCUCGCCAAUCUUGUCACUAACCUGAAUGUAGCUAAAUGCGCCAAUGCAGAGGCCGCUUACUUGGAGUGCGUGAAUUACGCGUUGAUCCAGCUCAAUCUGCCAAACGUGGCAAUGUAUAUUGAUGCCGGACACGCCGGCUGGUUAGGCUGGUCUGCUAAUAUCGGCCCAGCUGCCACCCUCUUCGCCAAUGUGUAUAAAAACGCGUCAUCCCCUGCUGCUGUACGUGGUCUGGCUACUAACGUCGCGAACUACAAUGCCUGGACGAUUGGAACUUGCCCAUCAUACACAUCAGGGGACUCCAACUGUGACGAAAGUCUUUACGUCAACGCCAUUUCGCCUUUACUCAGCGCUGCAGGAUUCCCUGCACACUUUAUUAUGGAUACUAGUCGUAAUGGUGUCCAGCCAACGAAGCAAAACGCCUGGGGUGACUGGUGCAACGUUAUUGGCACUGGAUUUGGUGUUCGUCCCACAACUGAUACUGGAAAUACCCUUCAGGAUGCCUUUGUUUGGGUCAAGCCCGGUGGAGAGUGCGAUGGCACAUCAGAUUCUUCCUCGACGCGAUAUGAUGCGCAUUGCGGAUAUAGUGAUGCUUUACAGCCUGCUCCAGAAGCUGGUACAUGGUUCCAAGCUUACUUUGAACAAUUACUUGAGAAUGCCAACCCGUCAUUUUAA